CAUAAAAUUGGCAUGCCUAUGGUAAUCUUCUUGGUAGGGUGUUUUGCGUGGUUGAAGUACAAGAUAAACAAUAACAUUUUUCUGGCCGCCGCCACUUCGUGUAUGUGCAUUGUACCCUACACCAUUCUCUUCCUCAGCGGACCUGAGAGGGUUCUUUUCCCGUGGGCAAAUAUGAAGCAGAAAAUACCCUCUACUCCCAAUUCUCAUGAGAUUGAACAGGCUCUUGGUCAAUGGGAGCUCGCAAAUAUGGUUCACAUUUUGUUUCCUCUUGUUGGUGGUGUAAUGGUCCUAGUGUCCAAGAUGUAG